UUUUCCUCCAUCGCUACCCGCCCAAACCCCGGGGUGAGGUUCGGGGCGAGGAGGCUCGCGGCGGCGCGGACACGCCCGCCGGCCCCUGCGGAAGGGACGCUCUCUGGUCGCAUCGGCACCUGUGACUGGGCGGCCCCUCCCUCUGUCCUUCUGGGCCUCGAGAAAGGGGCGGAGCUCGGCUCGUCGCUGGGCACUCAGCGGGUCCCGGGCGCGAGCUGUUUUUGGAAGCUGCAGCGCUGAAUAGAUUCUCCAUCCGCUUAUGCCUCAGAGUUCUGUUAUGAGUUGCUAAAAUCAUGGUGAAAUGUUGCUCGGCCAUUGGAUGUGCUUCUCGCUGUUUGCCAAAUUCCAAGUUAAAAGGACUGACAUUUCACGUAUUUCCCACAGAUGAAAAUGUCAAAAGAAAAUGGGUAUUAGCAAUGAAAAGACUUGAUGUGAAUGCUGCAGGCAUUUGGGAGCCUAAAAAAGGAGAUGUACUGUGUUCAAGGCACUUUAAAAAGACAGAUUUUGACAGAAGUGCUCCAAAUAUUAAACUCAAACCUGGAGUCAUACCUUCUAUCUUUGAUUCCCCAUCUCACUUACAGGGGAAAAGAGAAAAGCUUCAUUAUAGAAAAAACUUCACCCUCAAAACACUUCCAGUCAGAAACUACAAUCCCCAGCUUGUUGGUGCUUCCUCAUGUUUUGAAGAAUUCCAAUCCCAGUUCAUUUUUGAACAUAGCUACAGUGUAAUGGACAGUCCAAAGAAACUUAAGCAUAAAUUAGAUCAUGUGAUCAGCGAGCUAGAGGAUACCAAGGAAAGUCUGCGGAAUGUUUUAGACCGAGAAAAGCGAUUCCAUAAGUCAUUGAGGAAGAAAAUCAGGGAAUUAAAGGAUGAAUGUCUCAUCAGCCAAGAAACAGCAAAUAGACUGGAAGCUUUCUGUUGGGAGUGUUGUCAGGAGAGUAUAGAACCAGACUGUAGUUCAUGAAAUAAUUUCAUGUUCUGUUUUACCUGAAAUUGACAUUGGUACAGCUUUUUAGAAAAUAAUUCUCAUUUAACAUCACUAAAUAAUAUCUGUCGUUUAGACUGUUUCUUUGGAUCCUCUGGAGCAGUACGCAUUAUGGUCAUUAUCCAGACUUUUUCAAAGAACUGCGGAAAUUUGUGGUAGUUAUCAUGUUUUCGUGUAACUUGUGACAAUUAUGUUUCCAUAGACUUAAACUAGUGGCAGGUCAGUAUUAUAAGAUAUUAAAUGGGCACAAAAAUUCCACAGGACUAAGAACAUAUUAUCAAAUCAGUCACAUUGCUAUAAUAGUAGGAACUAGAUACUCCUUCAGCAGCAUCAGAUUUUCAAAGGAGUACCUUUACUCAUAUAUGCUUUAUGGUAAGUACAUUGAAUUUUACCUUAAAUGUAUUUUACUAUAAAGUAGAAUUUAUUUAUACAAAUGUUCAUCUUGGAUCCGAUCCAAGGUGCUUUAUUUAUCACACUAAAGGGUCUCUUUACAAGACAUCCGAGUACUGACCCUGAGAAUAGCAUGUGGUAAAGAUCUCUUGCCUUUUAAAGGUUUUCAGAGCCAAUUUAAGAAGACCUACCCUUCACGAUGUCUGUUUUUCAGUACAAUACAUCAUUCCUCCUUACUAGAAGUGCUAUGAUAUAAAACCAGAAUGGUGUUAAAAACAAAAAAGCAUCAUAAAUCUGAUUUUUAAAUGGUUGAUUACUGUCACAGUUCUCUUGAACAUUGUUUCAUGACUAUUAUUUCAUCAUGAAGGUAUAUCUUUAAAAUCUGAAUGCUAUUACUAGCUGAAUACUUUUAUUAUUGUUUUGUAUUUUACAGAAGGUUAUUGCUGGCAUUUAAAACAUACAAAAUAUAGAAGAAAACAUUGAAGAUUAGUGUUUGUGGCACUUCCAAAUGCAAUAGGAAUUAGACGAAGGGUUAUAAUAUUUCCUUUUAAUUAGGAGAGUAGAUUACUGUCCAAGGGCUUUUAUUUAGAGAAAUAGUUAAGUAAAACAGCAGCUUUAAACUAGUUUCUUACUGAAUAUUUAAAAGAAUAACUCUUAGUUAUUUUCUGAUUGGUCCAAAUGUUGGAAAUAGGCUUUUCUUCUGAUUUCUCACUGAAAACAAUUGAAAUAAAGGGUCAUAAAUAUAUGGAUUAAAAAGAAAAUUAUUAGCCAAAGCCACAUUCUACUUUGAAACAUAUGUACAUAGACGAACUUCAUUAAGAAGUCCAUGCUAUAGUAGUUAGAAUUUGAGUAUUGGUUGAUUCAAUGUGUAUUAAAUCUAGAAGUUAAUUGCAUUCCAUGCUAAUUUGUUCAUUGUAGUUUUAUUUGUGAUGUAUUGAUAUCAGUAAGGCUUUAGUCACUUGAAGUUUUUGUAUUUAAGAAUUUUCUAAAUUUUAAUGCGUGUAAUAUUUUUAUGUACGAUUCCAAACCUUCCCUCUAAAUGAAAUUUUUCCCACAUUUAAGAGACCAGCAUUAUGCUAAGAGGAAAUCACUUAGGUCAUAUCUAUUUAAUAACUUAAAAAAAAAGCUCUCCAUAGCUAUCCAUUAUUUCUUUUAGUUAUCAUUUAGUUUGGGAUUUAUAUUGGACACCCUAAUGGGAAGUUUGGGUAUGAUCUUAGUUUUUAUGGUACUAUAAUAUAGAUGGAGACUUUUCCCUCACCGUAUUUGUGAGUAUAUAAUUAAUGUAAUUCAGUUCAUGGAGAAAAGUAAGAGGAUGGAUACAAACAGAAUGUAUCCAAAGUCUACCUCUCUACUAUCUGGUUUCCAAGAGGAUAAUCACAGUUUCUGCCACUAUCACAAUUGCUAGAGUCAGUUUUGCUACUUGUGUUCACAGUGAACUUGGCCGUUGCUUCUUUCUCAUUGGACCUGGUAAUACUGAAAGAUAGGUAAUUGUGGGAAAAAUAUUGGCAUCAUCAAGGAGAAAUGAUUACCAAUAGAAAUGUAACCAAAAAUAGGCCCCUCCCUGCCUGCCUCCCCAAACAAAUGCCUGAACACAGUAUAUUCUUCAGUCCUCGGUUCCCAGGGAUUCCAGCAUCGUCUGGGGUAGAACCCAUCCCACCAUCCAGAGGCUCCACAGGCAGCCAAGACUGACCUGAGGAUUUCACUUUGCUUUAAACAUUAGAGUGGCUUCUGGAUCCUGGAACAAGCUAAUAUACCAGUUCAACCUCAGAACCAAACCAGCCAAAGAGGGUACAAAAGACUUGACAUGGCAUUUUUCUCUAUAUCAAGUUUAAAUCUGAAAAUAGACUUGGUUUCUAAAGAUAGUCACAAUUAUACCACAGUCUUUAAUUUGAAAAAAGGAUGAACUGCAUUAAGUAUAUUUAGUUUUAACAAAAAAUUAAAAUUAUUAUGGAAAUAAUUGAGGGGUGAAGAAUAAAUUAUAUAUUUGCAAAAAUAAAAGAUUUUCUUCAGUAAAGUAUUCUACAUGGUUUUUA